UUCUCACACAUUCAUUCAUUCAUUCUCUCUCUUUCAAUCCCUUCUUCUUCUUCUUCUUCUUCUUCUUCACCACCAUGGGUGCAGUCCUUCUCCCAGAUCUCGGAACCGAGAUUUUAAUUCCCGUCUGCGCCGUCAUUGGAAUCGUCUUCGCUCUCUUCCAGUGGUUCCUCGUCUCCAAGGUUAAGAUCACCGCCGCCACCAGAGACGCCGCUUCCCCCGACGCCGCCGGUAAGAAUGGCUACAACGAUUACCUCAUCGAGGAAGAGGAAGGUAUCAACGACCAGAACGUUGUUCUCAAAUGCGCUGAAAUCCAGCAAGCUAUCUCUGAAGGAGCAACCUCUUUCCUUUUCACUGAGUACAAGUAUGUGGGUAUCUUCAUGGUCUUCUUUGCCAUUGUGAUAUUCCUUUUCCUUGGCUCCGUGGAAGGAUUCAGCACAAGCCACCAGCCUUGCAAAUAUGAUGAAACUAAGAUUUGCAAGCCAGCUCUUGCCACCGCCCUUUUCAGUACAAUUUCUUUCGUGCUUGGUGGCAUCACAUCAGUUGUUUCUGGUUUCCUUGGAAUGAAAAUUGCAACUUAUGCCAAUGCUAGAACCACCCUGGAGGCUAGAAAGGGUGUCGGGAAGGCUUUCAUUACAGCAUUUAGAUCAGGUGCUGUCAUGGGAUUUUUGCUUGCAGCCAAUGGCCUUUUGGUUCUUUACAUUACCAUCAACCUAUUCCAGAUUUACUACGGUGAGGACUGGGGUGGUCUUUUUGAGGCCAUCACUGGUUAUGGUCUUGGUGGGUCUUCUAUGGCUUUGUUUGGACGAGUUGCUGGAGGUAUCUAUACUAAGGCUGCUGAUGUUGGUGCUGAUCUUGUCGGCAAGGUAGAAAGAAACAUUCCUGAGGAUGACCCCAGAAAUCCAGCUGUGAUUGCUGAUAAUGUUGGUGACAAUGUUGGGGAUAUUGCUGGUAUGGGAUCUGAUCUUUUUGGUUCUUAUGCUGAGGCGUCAUGUGCUGCUCUUGUUGUUGCUUCCAUCUCUUCUUUUGGGAUUAAUCACGAGUUUACUGCCAUGCUGUACCCUCUCAUUGUCAGUUCUGUGGGUAUCGUUGUUUGUCUUAUAACCACCUUAUUUGCAACUGACAUUUUUGAGAUCAAGCUCGUAAAAGAAAUUGAGCCAGCAUUGAAAAAACAGCUCAUUAUUUCAACAGUGCUGAUGACUGUUGGGAUUGCAAUUGUUAGUUGGAUUGCACUCCCAUCUUCCUUCACUAUCUUCAAUUUUGGAGUGCAGAAAGAUGUCAAGAACUGGCAGCUAUUCUUGUGUGUUGCUGUUGGUCUUUGGGCAGGGCUUAUCAUUGGAUUUGUAACUGAGUACUAUACUAGCAAUGCAUACAGUCCUGUGCAAGAUGUUGCUGAUUCCUGCAGGACUGGUGCUGCUACCAAUGUUAUAUUUGGCCUUGCCUUGGGAUACAAGUCUGUUAUUAUUCCAAUUUUUGCUAUUGCAAUUAGUAUUUUUGUUAGUUUCAGCUUUGCCGCCAUGUACGGUAUCGCUGUUGCUGCACUUGGAAUGCUGAGUACCAUAGCCACCGGAUUGGCCAUUGAUGCAUAUGGUCCAAUCAGUGACAAUGCUGGAGGUAUUGCUGAGAUGGCUGGGAUGAGUCACAGAAUUCGAGAGAGAACUGAUGCCCUUGAUGCUGCAGGAAACACCACUGCUGCUAUUGGAAAGGGGUUUGCUAUUGGUUCUGCUGCCCUUGUGUCCCUGGCCCUCUUUGGUGCUUUUGUGAGCCGAGCUAAUAUCACAACAGUUGAUGUGCUGACUCCAAAGGUUUUCAUCGGUUUGAUCGUGGGUGCUAUGCUUCCUUACUGGUUCUCUGCCAUGACCAUGAAGAGUGUGGGAAAAGCCGCACUGAAGAUGGUUGAGGAGGUUCGCAGGCAAUUCAACACCAUUCCAGGGUUGAUGGAGGGAACUGCUAAGCCUGACUACGCCACAUGUGUUAAGAUCUCCACUGAUGCUUCUAUUAAAGAAAUGAUUCCACCCGGUGCUCUUGUCAUGCUCACACCCCUCAUCGUAGGAAUCUUUUUCGGUGUCGAAACACUUUCUGGUGUCCUCGCCGGAUCUCUGGUGUCUGGUGUACAGAUUGCUAUCUCUGCAUCCAACACUGGUGGUGCUUGGGAUAAUGCCAAGAAGUACAUUGAGGCUGGUGCUUCUGAACAUGCCAGAAGCCUUGGUCCUAAAGGCUCAGAUUGUCACAAAGCUGCUGUUAUUGGUGACACCAUUGGAGACCCUCUUAAGGAUACAUCUGGUCCCUCACUUAACAUCCUCAUCAAGCUAAUGGCUGUUGAGUCUCUCGUGUUCGCACCCUUCUUCGCUACCCAUGGUGGCUUACUCUUCAAGAUCUAAGAUUUGGCACAAAAGAGCAUGCCCCAUCAAUUUUCUAUAACUGCAGAACAAGGAAAAUCACCAUAUCUUUUCUGUGUUAGUCUUGACUCUUUCUGUGAUGCUGAUUCUAUUGGUUUUAGAAAUCUUCUCCCCCCACCCCGAAUCAAAGUAAUGUUUUGUCUCAUCUGUAGAGCUGAGAUUCUCAAUUACGAUGAAUCUGCAGAGAAAACUUCCUUCCUAGGUGAGGUUGGUUGAUGAUGACGAUCAUAUUUUAUUAUCUACAAUCUCUUCCUUGUGAACAUUUUCUUACUAUUGUUAUUAUUAUUAUGUUCAGAUGACCAAAA